AUGAUCUCUAUUUCUCACCAAGGACCUCUUCUAUCGAUGAACACAUUUCCACAAUUCAACAACAGUUUGCAGGAUGAGUGUAUCACCGAUCUUCUUUCAUCAGCACCAGAAAUGAUGAUCGAUCCGCUUCCUCUUCAUCCUAAGAGCAUGAGCUCUCUUCCAAAGACAUCUUCCGAGCUAGAACCAAGACCUAUUCAUCCAAAGCAGGUCUCCCUCUCCGACCUUAAGGCACCAUCCCUUCCUGAGAGCAUCAAGCAAUACUGCGAUGAAUACAUUGCUCUCUUGGGCCCUCUUGCCGUGCAAGCUCCAGCCAAGAAGUCAACCAAGGUCGAACGUCGCAACUCUGGUUCGUCCGAAUCUGAGACAUCCUCUACCAAUGGUAUCGGAUACCACGCCUUUCAAAACGAGAGAUGGAUGGAUCGCUUUCAAGAACUCGUUGAAUUCUACCAACGCGAAGGCCACUUCAAUGUCCCCUACAAGAGCAACACUACGUUGUUCCAAUGGGUGAAGCGUCAACGCCAUCAAUUCAAGUUGCGAUCUAUGGGCGAGCACUCCAAUCUUACCCUUGACCGUAUCCACCAACUGGACCAAAUUGGUUUCGUUUGGAACUCACACCUUGCCGCUUGGAAUGACAAGUUCAAGGAAUUGAAGGACUUCAAAAUGAUCCAAGGGCACUGCUUCGUCCCAUGCACGUACAACGGAAGCUCCAAGCUUUCUACGUGGAUCAAGCGCCAACGAAGACAAUAUCGCAAGUUCAUGGCCGGUCAACAGUCCACCCUCGAUGCUUCGCGUAUAGAGAAGUUGGAAAAGCUUGGCUUGGUUUGGGAUUACUAUGCCGGAAAAGACAAGGAUGGAACUGCUUCCUCUGAUGAAGAGUAA